AUGACAAGAAGAGAUACACCGAAAGACGGGAAGGCUGGAAAUGCCCUCAGACGAUUCGGAGCGAAACUCUUGUUAACCAAGCGCCCGGUUGUUAAAACAGCCAGAGUGGCUGCUACAUCCAGCGCGGGGAUACAGAGCUCGAGUAGUGCUCCCUCUUCCCAGCACUUGACCGGUACAUCAAGGGCUGCCGCGGAGGCUUCGAAUUUUCUGGAAACAGUUCUCGCAACUGCCGACCCAAUGACCUUCACACAAGAAUGCAUCUCGGAUGAAUACCGUAUCAAGCUUGAAAAGCUACCAAUUCACAAAGUCGAGAAAACAGACAACACGGAACCAUUUCAAACGACUGACGACACAUGGCGACUUAUUGAACUAGCAGCCGAGAAGUCAGUUAAUGCUUACUUUGAAUCACCCGAAUUGCCUCCCGACUCCCCGGUCUUUGAGCUGACGCCCAGGGGAGACUCAAAGAGAAUUCUCGGGACUGUAGUGGACUCUGUGCUAGUUGUGGCAGUUCGCGGAUCAACCAGCGUAAUGGACUGGAUGGUGAAUGGAAAUGGCGAGCCAAUAACCCCUUCCCAGAGCAUUGGAGAACCAGAAGCCGGAUAUCAUAAGGGGUAUCUCGCUGUUGCCGAAGCGAUGCAAGCGCGACUUGCCGAAGAAGUUCGUGCGGCAGUGGGGGCACCAGGAGAUAUGGAUCUCCUUUUCACGGGCCAUUCUGCUGGUGGUGGGAUGGCACAGCUGUUCUAUGCCAUGGCAGCCUCAAAGUCAUCGAGUCGUACCAUCGCAACCGUAGUACCUAGUGAGCCUCUGAUUACCCUCAGUUCCUGCAAAUCUCUCGCAAAGCACCUUGCUAACAUUUCAAACUCUAUGAACAGAUUUCCGACGGGUUCAUUGCAUUGUAUUUGGCACCCCACCGAUCGCUACUAUCCCCAUCCGCCCGCCAAGCCGCGACCCAUUCCAGUCUUCGUCCGAAGCCCAAGAGAGCUGAAAGCGAGGUACCCGGAUGGGUUCAAAGUUCCAGACCCCGUCGUACGCAUCAGCGGACCUUGUGUUGUUCUCCGCGAUACUGACCCUACUAAUGUUGAGUCAUGUGUAUUCGAUGCUGUCAAGAUACCGGAAGCGAUGCUUGAACGCAAAUUGUUCGGGAAUGUGAGCGCACACAACAAAGAUGACUACUUGAAGAGAUGUCGGAACCUGAGGAGCAUAGCGUUUUCUCAGGACCACGUGCGUUCUUAUAUCCUGGGAGGCGGGGAGGGUGGAAAGGGUGGUUUGACAGGAGUACGACAGGUACACCGUGGGGUUCCCAAAAACGAAUUCAACAGUUGGGCAAAUCAGCUUUCCAAUUGA